AUGGUGGACAGUUGUGGUAACGGCAGUGGCGAUGGCGUUUCAAGCGAUAAAAAAAGUGGUGGUGUUGAAAGUGAUGGUGAUGGUGGUGGCGGUGGUGGUGGAAGAGGUGGCAGUGAUAUAGGAAGUGAUAAGAUGGCUGGAAGGAAUGAUGCUGCGAUUGCUGCUGCCUUGCAAGCGAUGGCUCAGGCUAUGCAGAACCAGCCGAAUGCUGACGAGAAUGCUGGAUCUCGCAGUUUGGCGACCUUCCAAAGAGAGAAUCCACCGGUGUUCAAGGGUAAGCAUGAUCCAGAUGGAGCAUUGGAGUGGUUGAAAGAGAUUGAGAGGAUUUUCCGUGUGAUGGAUUGCACCCCAGCUCAGAAGGUUCGGUAUGGCAUUCAUAUGCUAGCAGUCGAAGCUGAUGACUGGUGGCUAGAAAUGCGCGACAAAUUGGAAGCUGCAGGCGAGGGAAUUACUUGGGAUGUGUUUCGCAGGGAAUUCCUGAGGAAGUACUAUCCUGAAGAUGUUCGGGGUAAGAAAGAGAUUGAGUUCCUUGAGCUGAAACAAGGGAAUCGGUCAGUGACAGAAUAUGCUGCGAAGUUCGUUGAGUUGGCUAAGUUCUACCCACAUUUCAAUGGAGAAGGUGCUGAAUUUUCUAAGUGCAUCAAGUUUGAGAAUGGAUUGCGCUCUGACAUCAAAAAGGUUGUUGGAUAUCAGAAGAUUCGUGUCUUCUCUGAUUUGGUUGAUAGUUGCAGAAUCUUUGAAGAAGAUAGCAAUGCUCAUCACAAAGUUGUUACCGAUAAGAGAGGCAAGAGUCAACAGAACCGUGGCAAGCCUUAUGAUGCGGGAAAGGGUAAACAGAGAAUUUCUCCAGGUCAGAGGACUAGUGGGGGAGACGCUCCUGCUAAGAUUGUGUGUUUCAAAUGUGGACAGCCUGGUCACAGGAGCAAUGCGUGCACUACUGCUGAGGUGAAGAGGUGUUUCCGUUGUGGUAAAGCCCAUGCAGUUUCUGAGUGCAGGCAUAAGGAAGCUGUCUGUUUCAAUUGUGGUGAAGAAGGACAUAUCAGUACUCAGUGUCAGAAACCAAAGAAAGCGCUUGGUAGCAAGGUGUUCGCUUUGGCUGGGACUCAGACACCUAGUGAGGAUCGACUUAUCAGAGGUACAUGUUUCAUUAAUAGUACGCCAUUAAUCACUAUUAUUGAUACCGGUGCUACGCAUUGUUUUAUUGCCGCUGCUUGUGUUGAAAGAUUGGGUCUGGGGUUGUCUUCUAUGAAAGGGGAAAUGGUCGUCGAGGUUCCAGCUAAGGGAUCGGUGACCACUUCUCGAGGUGCAGCCGUGUAG